AUGGCUGGACAGCCCACCCACGCUUAUCUAGUUGUGGAGAAUUCCCCAGAUUCACGGCCUUUAGCAAAGCCAACCGAGCGACUAUCUCAAUACCUCUGGGCCAUGUGA